AUGGAGCUCAACGCGGGAACCACUUUAACAGGUGCAUAUCAACAGCUAUCGUGUGAUAAACCCAAUGAUCAGAGCAGAGACUCAUCAUGGUUGGCUCCGAAGACGCACUCGAGCUUAAAGCGAAUAUCGAGGGACAACAAAGUGUCUUCAUGCAGGAUGUUGUAUAAUGUCGUAGACAGUGUGAUAGGAAAUCGCGACGCGUUCAAAAUCAAGUCUUCGCGAAAACUUAGCCACCUAUGGAGCAAAUUCUCUUCAUCGAAACUCGAGCAUCCCAAAAAACCUGUCCUUGAAAGACUACAUAGUUUACAAGAAGGAAGGAAGGUGAGCGAUAGAUUGUUAUUCGACUCGCCUGAUGGUCCCUCACCCAAAACUGUACUGAGUGGUCCACCAGAUGAAUGGAAUAUUGUAAGGAAGAUGUUCCAAUCUGAACCCGGAACCCCAACAAAAUUCCACUGGCAAAGCCUUCUGAGCCCCAAAAAGACAAUUAUUUGGUCUCCAGAAGUAUUAGAAAAAGCUCCAAGUGGGCAAGUAGUGGUGGAAAAAUACAUAGACUCUUUUGAUGCCGAAGCGUUUACCCAAUAUAUUGCGGAUCAAGAACGAAAAACUAAACAACCUCAACUCUCAAUCCUAAAGAAAUUGACAGAAGGAAAUGAGAAUACAACUCCAGAUCAGUUCGCCGAAAUGAUUGACGUAUUAGAGCCUGUCUUACGCGUCCACAACAUGAGGUUGUUUCCAGAGGCAGAUAAUUCGGAUUUCUUUCAACCUGUAUUUACGAUCACCAGCGACUUGAAAGCGAGCAUUGAAAAAAUUAUUCUCAAAACGUUGAAAGAACAUCUAGAACUCAACAAAACCUUUUCAAACCCAGAACAAAAUUUAUGGAUUUUCCACCGAUCUUUGAAAAAUCGACUAUACGAGGAAGCCAAAGGGAGAUUUAGAUAUGAUUUAUUAUCCCUUGAAAAAGUGGCCAACAAAAUUUUCAAGAAAGCAAGUGAUAAAGAAUUUUUUACGAUAAUUGAUGAUGAUCUACAAGAGAUUGCCGAAAGAUAUGCACUUUCAAUUCUUUUAGCAAGACUUCCUAUUGCUAAGGGACAUCAAAACUUGACAGAAGACAAAGCGCUUUACAUACGACAAUGUUUAGGAAGUGUAUACGCUUUCACUUUAAAAUACAAAAGCUUGACCGCAGAGCCAUUACCGAACGCUAUCAAUGGUUAUUAUUCAAAAAUCUAUCACCGUUACUCGGAUUGUCCAGAACUUCGUCAUUUUGCAGAGAGAUUACAUCAAGAAUAUAAUUCAAAACUUCCUGAAAGUGAGAGGCAUGAUAUCACUGAGAUCACUGUAGAUGAUGAGUACAUCAAAGAAUAG